ACGCCAAAAAGUAGAUACGGAUUGAUUCGAAGUGGUCAACAGAGAAUGUAGCAGAUAAAGAGAGAGUGACAUAGUCUAGGCUGCGGCGUCUAUAGAGAGGACAAAGGGACGAUGGUAUUCAAAGCAACGCCAGCAACGAUAGCAAUAGCGACACCGACAGAUAUGCCAACAGCAACAACCAUAGUGACACCGACAACAACCAUGACGCGCGCACUCGACCUUCCAGAAAUCUUACUCCAGGUGGCCUUCUAUCUCAAUGCAGCCGAUGUUUGGGUCUGCUCCUAUGUCUGCAGAUCCUUCUACAGCGUCUUUGCGCCCCUCGUAUGGAGAGACCUUCAUUUCGGGACCCCAUGCAGACUUGAUCCCGAACAGGCGCCACUCGCAAGAUCCUUCAAAAUCUUGACCCACGUCGCCGCGACUGAUGUCUCCGCCCCCGACCGUACAGCCGACGGUGGUGGACAGGAGCCGAGAAAUCCAUUUUUGGAGACCUUUCAGAGCAACGCUCCGUGGGUCAGGUCGUUGACGAUCAACAACCAGGACGCAACUCUGCCGCUGCAACUUGGAAUGGUCUGUCAACAACUCGAAUCGAUAACGAUCGCAGGACUAUCUCUGGACGAAAAGAAGAACCACGUAGCAGAGCACUGGGACAGCUGCAAGUUGAUGAUGAUGCGGAAUCGAACCCACCUACGGUCCCUAACAUUGGUCGAUUGGUUCUAUAGUCCCGAUAAGAAGGCCCAGUAUGGUCGACCAGUCUGGAACCCGAUCUUGCGAUGCACCCGGGCCUGGAAUUUACGAUCGCUGCGCCUUGAGAACUGUGCUAUCCGCGGAAAGCAUUUAGAAGCAUUUUGGAAGGUCUGUGAGCGCCUCGAGACUCUGUACAUGGAUCAUACCAGCUUCGAUUUACCGCUGCGACCGACCAGGAAUAGCCUGAACAGGGCGGAUAACGAACCUACGGCAACUAAUGGAACACAUCUCGCGCCGACGCCAACGCCAACGGAAAGCACACCCGUGCAGUCGACCCAUCUCCUCCCGACAACUCGAUUUCCACGACUAAAGGAACUCACUGUGAUAAAAUUCCCGCGCUACGACCAGCUCCAGAUCGUCAACUUGCUUAUCGCCCAAUGUCCAGAACUCCAAAGCUUGACCUGGAGCAUCUACUCUACGUGUGAAACACCAACUACGGAGUUUUAUCAUCACUUUGCAGCGGGCACAUGGCCAAAAUUGGACUCGAUUAUAAUCAUGAGCCACAGUGACCGGUUCACUGAUGAGCAGUACACACAGUUUCUGCGAGCGGCCAAGAUACCACUUCGUUGCCUCAAUUUAUGCGUUGCCUGGACCCAGACUGAGGCAUUCGACUUGUUGAAGGCACACCAUUUUUCCACCCUUGAGACCAUCAUUAUUUACAACCGCGAGGAAGUGAGUAAUGACUGGGCGUUAGAAGUUCUCACGAGCUGUCCGAAUCUGAAACUGCUUAAAGCAAAUGUUUUACACGCGCAACAGUUCCUUAAAAACAUGAAGCCGUGGGUGUGCCUGGGACUGCAAGAACUGGACGUUUUUAUUAAUAUGGGCUUUCCCGACAACGCACCCAACCGCAGGCUAACGGAGGAGGAACAUCGACAAUGUCGAGCCGUCUUCAAGCAAUUGGCUACCCUACGGGAGUUGCGUAACCUGGAUAUGCUGAUUUUGUAUCCCUGUUUGUAUACGAACGGCCAGCCAAUAUCGGGCUCGAACCACCCGCAAUAUUCUCUCACAGCACUCCCGAUGCGAUUGGAAGCCGGUCUGGACGAAUUGGCGAGCUUGCGCAGGUUACAGAAGAUUAGCUUCUGGGGUGGCAAGCACGUGGUGCACCGGCGGGAGUUGGUCUGGAUGGUCGAUCAUAUGAAGGCGCUGAAGGCUAUCAGAGGGGCAUGGCGCACGGCGCCGGGAAAGACGCACUUUGUCCAGGAUAAUUUCCUUCGGGCAGGAAGACAUCAUAAAUGGCUAGCCGAACGCGGAAUCAACACGGAUGGCUGUCAGAUUUUUGAACGAGAUGAGAAUGAGCUGGACAAGCAGAGUUGCGGAGAAUGCUGUGCGCUUGACCAGGAUAUCCAGGAGGGUGAUAUAGUAAGCUAACUCGUCUAGUAAAGCAAUUCAAGCUGUGACUGCAUGGCGCCAUUUCUAUUCCAUCAUGAGCACGGUGAUUUCGUCCCUUUCUCACCCCC